CAAGAAAAAAGCUUCAGAUCCGAAGCUUUCAAUGAAAUAUAUCAAGAUCAUCCAAAGAAUGUUUUAUGUUUUAACGACAGCAUUACUGUCAAUUUAUGCGAUUGGAUCAGUUACUUGUGACGAUGUCACUGAUCUACCGGAUAUUGUAAAGAAUGACUAUAAUGGUGCUGCACGAAACACAUAUGGAUCUGGAACAUUACGUAGUACGAACGAGAAUGCAUUCAGUAAUAAAAUUCAUCGAGAUAAGCAAGAGCAAAUAACGAAUCGAUUACAUCGCGAGAAUCAUGGAGAUUAUGGUGUUAUGGUCAUACAUCAUCACGCGCCACAAUCGCCAAUUACAAAUUCACAUAAGCCACCAAGCUAUCCAAACAUGCGAUUUGGAUCGAAAAAUUCGCCUAUGCAUGUUCCAUCCAUAACUGAUCCAAUUCGAUCACAAUUCGGUAUCAGACGAGAAGAUUCGUCAUAUCCAGGUGGCAUUGGCAUUAGUCGCGAUAAAAUUUUCUCACCAAAUGAGGACAUUCUAUUUGAGGAAGAUGCAAUUCUCGAUAGUAGUCAUCAAAGCUCAGGAACACCAUCCGUUGAAUGUGAUCUCAAAUGUGGCCCUACUGAAUUCUUUUGUUCAAAAAGCUGCUCAUGCAUUCACAGUGAUUUACACUGUGAUGGUCAAAUUGACUGUGGACCAGAUGCUGAAGAUGAAGAGGAAUGUGAAGUAACUGAGGAGAUGAUUAAGAAGAUGAAGAGUGAAUGUGAAGGAAAUACUUUGUCGCAGCAUAUUAUGUGUCCAAAUACGUUCAUUUGUAUUAAGCAAGAUUGGCUGUGUGAUGGCGAUGACGAUUGCAAUGAUUUUACGGAUGAAACGCAUUGCGGAGCUAAAACUAAUUGCUCAGAUGAUCAAUUUGAAUGCAACAAUGGAUUGUGUGUUCCUCAGGAAUGGAUGUGUGAUGGAGACAAUGAUUGUCGUGAUGGAUCUGAUGAAUCGAAUUGUACAAGAACUUGCACGAAUGAUGAAUUCCAGUGCUUGGAUGAUAGCUGCAUAUCGCUGGCAUUCAAAUGUGAUGGCGAACAAGAUUGUGAAGAUAAUAGCGAUGAGAUGAACUGCGACUUUCCACUGCCAAAUUGUCCAGAGGGUGAAUUUAAAUGUAAAGGAUUAUUAGGUGGAAUGGGUGGACCUGGUGGUCGAUGUAUUCUUCAGCGAUUCCGUUGUGAUGGCGACAAUGAUUGUGGUGAUUGGUCAGACGAAGAAAAUUGUCCAAAGAAAUCCAUCAGCUGCACAUCGAAUGAAUUUAAAUGUGAUGAUGGACGUUGCAUACCACUCAGAUGGAAAUGUGAUCAGGAACAGGAUUGCGACAGCGGUGAAGAUGAGAAAGAUUGCAGUGAUAUUGGCAAUAAUAAUCGUGAAUGCAAUGAUGAUGAAUAUACAUGCAAGGAUAGUCGUUGUAUUUUAAAGUCUUGGGUAUGUGAUGGCACAUCCGAUUGUAAGCGUGGCGAAGAUGAAGCUGAUUGUGAUGUUAAAUGCGAUAUUGGGCAAUUUUCAUGUCCAUCGAAAAUUAUCUCGCCAAGAGAACGAAGACAAAAUUAUUGUGUAAGUCAAAAGCACAUUUGUGAUGGACAUAAGGACUGCAUUCAGGGAGAAGAUGAAGAAAGUUGUCCAACAAUUCAUCCAUGUCCAGCCAAUACAAAAUGUCAACAAUUGUGUGCCACAAACUUGGUGUCAGGAAAAGAAGAAUGCUCUUGUAAAGUCGGUUAUGUGUUGGCAGCUGAUGGAUUCACGUGUAAUGACAUCAAUGAAUGUGAAUUCACAAAUAAUCCUUGCAGCCAGACAUGUAAUAAUACUGUUGGAAGCUUCAUUUGCGGUUGCAUCACUGGUUAUGUCUUACGACCAGAUUUAAGAACUUGUAAAGCACUUGGCGGUGCUGUCAAAUUAAUUAUGGCAAAUCGUGGUGACAUUCGCCAAGUAACGUUGAGUAACAAUCAAUAUACGUCAAUCAUUAAAGGACUUCCAAAUGCCAUCGCCCUUGACUAUCAUUAUGAAAAGGAUUUACUAUUUUGGACGGAUGUUUCUGCUGAUGUAAUUAAGCAGUCAUUCAUUAAUGGAACGAAUGUAAAGGAUGUCAUCAAAUGGGGCUUAGAAAGUCCCGGAGGACUAUCAGUCGAUUGGGUACACGAGCUUAUAUUUUGGACUGAUUCAGGUACACGUAGAGUUGAAGUAUCCACAUAUGAUGGUAAACUUCGUGCAGUUUUGGCAGCUAAUGACUUAGAUAAACCACGAGCUAUUGUUGUUCAUCCUGGAAAAUAUUUCGUGUUCUGGAGUGAUUGGGGUCCGAAUGCUAAAAUUGAGCGUGCAUUCAUGGAUGGAAGUGAAAGAACGGCAAUCACAAAUGAUGGAAUCUACUGGCCUAAUGGUUUAGCACUAGAUUUCGCAACAGACAGAAUCUUUUGGGCAGAUGCAAAGCAUCACGUGAUUGAAAAUUCUCGUCUUGAUGGAAGUGACAGAAAGAAGAUAUUAAGCAACAACUUACCUCAUCCAUUUGCUCUCACAAUCUUUGAGGAUAACUUAUUUUGGACAGAUUGGCACACGAAGACAAUUUCAUCUGCGAACAAAGUAACUGGAAAGAACUUCCGUCAUGUUCAUGAAGGAUUGCACUUUCCAAUGGAUAUCCACAGCUAUCAUAAAGCUCGUCAGCCUAAAUUUGAAAAUCGAUGUGCUGAAGAUAGGAAGAAGUUAAAAGGCGGAUGCUCUCAUUUAUGCUUGCCUAAUAGAAACUCUCGACGAUGUGCAUGCCCAAUUGGAUUGACAUUACUUGAUGAUCAGAAGACAUGCACAACAGUUCCAGAUAGAUUACUCAUUUUGGCUAGAAAGAAGGAUAUACGAAUUAAGCAAUUGGAAUCAAGAAAUCCUAAGGAAGUAGACAACAAUAUUCCACUCGACAAUCUCAAGUCUACAGUUGCUCUUGACUGGUGUAGCAGAACUGACAGGAUCUAUUGGAGUGAUGUUGGAAAAAGCACAAUUAAUCGAGCAUUCCUGAAUGGAAGUAAUCAAGAAACUGUCAUUCAAGACGGUCUUGUAUCACCAGCUGGUUUGGCACUUGAUUGGAUUACUAAUAAACUUUACUGGACAGAUGCAGGAACAAGUCGCAUUGAAGUUGCAUCAAUUGAUGGACACCAACGAGCUCUUCUUGUGUGGCAAAAUUUGCUUAAACCACGUGACAUUGUUGUUCAUCCAUUACAAGGAAUCAUGUUUUGGAGUGACUGGAGCGAAACUCCAUUAAUUGAACGUGCUGGAAUGGAUGGCUCACAUAGAACUCCAAUUGUCUCUGAGAAUCUACAAUAUCCAAAUGGUAUCACUAUUGAUUAUGCCAAUAAUCGUCUCUAUUUUGUUGAUGCCGGUACAAAAGCUUUAGAAUUUGUCAAUUUUGAUGGAACUGGACGAAAUCGAUUGAUUGCUGAUGGUCUUCAGCAUCCCUUUGGUAUCGAUAUCUACGAUCGAUAUGUUUUCAUAUCUGAUUGGGAUUUGCAAAGUGUAAUAAUGGCUGAUAAGAAUACUGGACGUGAACGGAAGUCAAUUAUUACAGAGACAAGUGAUUUGAUGGAUAUACGCGUAUUUCAUCGUAAUCGAAAGAAUAUUCGUAACCCGUGUGGUAAAAAUAAUGGUGGAUGUUCACACAUGUGCUUAUUAAGUCCACUUGAGGAAAUUCCAUCAUCAUCAAUUCCAUCAACACGUUGCGCAUGUCCAAUUGGCGUGAAAUUAACAGGCGAUAAUAAAACAUGUAAAGAUGGUCCAAGUAGUUACAUCAUCUUUGCUCAUCGAACUGACAUUCGUCAAAUUUCAUUAGAUAUUGAUUACAUGAUUGAUGUCGUCCUUCCGCUAUCUCAAAUAUCAAAUGUUUAUGCUGUCGAUGUUGAUAUAGUAACGGGUGAUAUUUACUGGGCUGAUAAUAUUGAAGACUUAAUCAUGCGAAGUUCGGCUGAUGGACAAAAUGUACAACAGAUAUUAAGUGAGAGCAUGGAUAGCGUUGACGGAAUGGUCAUUUGCUCAAUUUCACGCAAAAUUUACUUCACCGAUGCCGGUAGACGAAGCAUUGAAGUAUCGGAGCUUGAUGGAAGUCAUCGAAAAGUUCUUGUAUGGCAAGAUCUAGAAUCUCCACGUGCUAUUGCUAUAGACUAUGAAAUGGGAUAUCUGUUCUUCUCUGACUGGGGUACAUUGCCAAGAAUCGAGAGGUCUGAUAUGGAUGGUGAAAGACGAUCAAGAAUUAUAACUACAGAACUUGGAUGGCCUAAUGGAUUAGCUGUUGAUAAACAAAGAAAGAAUCUUUAUUGGACUGAUGCUAAGCUUCAUCACAUAAAGAUGUGUGACUUUGAUGGCAACUUCCAUCAAACAAUUGUCGAUUUUCGCAAUGAAGAGCAUCCUUAUGGAAUUGCAGUAACAAAAACUAAAAUUUACUACACUGACUGGAAGACAAAUGCUCUUCAUUCCAUCAACAAGAAUAAUUUAACUGCUCGUACAAUAAUAACUGGAAAUCUUGAAGGUUUAAUGGAUGUUAAAGUUGUAAAUACAAAUGAACGUCUUGAUGUGAAUAGUUGUGGCAAUAACAAUGGUGGAUGCUCACAUUUAUGCUUAAGAAAGCCAAAAGGCUACUCAUGUCAAUGUCCAACUGGCUUAAAAAUGAGAGAAGACGGAAAGAAUUGUGAAGACUUGCCAAAUUCAUACUUAUUAAUUGCUCUACGCUCAGGUAUUGGGAGGAUAUCACUCGAUACUCCCGAAAUGUUUGAUGUCGUUUUACCUAUUGAUGGUGUUCAUGGUGCUGUUGUUGUUGAUUAUCAUCAUACUAAAAACUAUUUAUUCUAUGCUGAUGUUAAUGCUGAUGCUAUUAAACGUGUUAAUAUGAAGAAUCAUAAUGAUAUAAAGACAAUUAUAUCGACAGGAUUAAAUACGCCUAAUGGAUUGUGUGUCGACUGGAUUGCUAAUAAUCUUUAUUGGUCUGAUUCAGCUUUGAAGAUGAUUGAAGUAUCGCGACUUGAUGGGAAUUACAGAAAGACACUCUUGAGAACUGAUCUUGAUGAUGUUCGAUCAAUGAUUGUGUAUAAGCAGAUGCUAUUCUUUGCUGACUGGGGUCAUUCAGCUAGAAUUGAGAGAAGCUUAUUGGACGGAAGUGAUCGAAAAGUUGUUGUCAAUUCUGAUUUGGGAUUCCCGACUGGUCUUGCAAUAGAUUUUCUAGCACGAAAAUUAUUCUGGGCUGAUGCUCUACACGAUCGUGUUGAAAUGUCUGAUUUUGAUGGAAAGCAUAGGAAACGUGUAAUUGAUCAUGCUGAACAUCCUUUUGGAUUUACUUUAACCAAUAGUUACUUUUACUAUUCCGAUUGGUUUAAUAAGUCAAUAAUGCGAGUUGCACGCCAUCAAAAUGCAAAUGCUGAAGAAGUAAGACAUAAUCUUCGUGGUGCUUUGGAAAUCCGUUCUGUGUCAGCUGAACGUCAACCAAAUUACUUUAAUCCAUGUAAUGAAUCAAAUGGUGGAUGUGCAUUCCUCUGUCUCUAUCUUGGCGGCAAGAAAUAUGUUUGUGAAUGUCCAAACUUCAUCGAUCGACCAUGCAAACGUGAAAUAAAGGAAUCCAGCAUGAAACCACCGGAUGGUGAUGAAACAACACUGACAAUGGUUUUAAAGAAUGAAGAUCUCUAUCCUGUGCAACAACGAAGCAGUGAAUCAUCUAUUAUGAUUGCAAUUAUCAUUAUUAUGACUGCACUGCUAGUCCUAGUCGUGUCUGCUAUUCUUUUCCUCGUUUGUCAUUCAAAGAAGAAAGAGAAAAACAAGCAAAGGCUGACAUUCUCAAAUCCGAACUACAAUGGAUCAGGAUACAAUGAUGAGCCUGGCAAAAGCACAUUCUUUAAGAGGUUUAAAUAUGAUAAAGCUCAGGAUCGUGUAUACGAAGAGAAAGUCUUAAGUUGCGGCCAAGAGACAGCAUCAUCAACAAUGAUGUCAUCAGGAAAUCCAUCACCAAUGCCAUCACAUUCAGCAAUCUUAUCGACAAUUGGAUAAAUGUCUUAAUUUUCUUCAAGAAAAAAAAAUUCUAUUUAUAAAAAAAAAAGAUUUAAUUUUUAAGACUUCAAUGAUGAAAAAUACAGGAUAAUUGUAAGUAGAUAGUAGGACAGCCUGUGAGUGAUGUGAAAGAAGAAUGAAAAGUAAAUUGUAAAUUUUUUGAGGGAAGAUGACAACAAUUUUUUAGUGAAUUGAGGUUCAUUUGAUGGAUCAUGAUCAAUUGAGGAUUAGACAGAAGAUUUAUUUUUGUAAAAAAAAUCCAAGAAUUGCGAACAGAAGGUCGAAUGAGAAUGAAAAUGAUUUAAGAAAAUCUAUAGAUGUAGACAUGAAAGCUCUUUGUAACCAAAUUGCGUUUAUGGUUCAUUUUAGACCUAAUAUGGCUAGAUAGACGUAAAUGUUUUUGGUUAUUGGGAUCAAAAUUUAUUUUUAUUUUCAACUGAAGCUCAAUUUUAAGGGGAAACAUUUUAAGUUCUAAAUUGGAAAAGAGAAAGUUAAAACUUUAAAAAAAAUAUUAGGUGACGUAGGGAGUACCUUUGAUGGUUGCCAAUCAAAGUCAAAACUAAAACCUAGUGUUCAGCUAUCAAAAAACACACCCGGAUUUAAUUUCAAAAUUUUAUUUUUUCAAUUUUUCUCAACAAAAUUUCCCAAUUUGUAAAAAUAAAAUAUCUGUGGAACGCAGAGAAAGUGAAAUAUGUGCCAAAGAAAACCAAAAACUAGAAAAUUUUGAGAAAUACAAAAUGAUGAAAAAAAAAAGUUUUUUAAAAAGUAAAAAAUAAAUUAAAAAAAUCUUGUAAAUAUUCAAAAGAAAGUGAAGUGAAAUAGAAUCUCAAUUGUAUAUUAGUCUUUCCAAUUAUUAUAUAGACAUUAUAAAUUAAAUUAAAAAAAUUAUAAUUAUAUUGAAAACUUAUAAAAAAUAAUUUUUCAUUGUGAAAAAAUAAUUACGAUUUCUGACAAGACGUGGGAAAGUUUUGAGGGUACUUCAAAG